AUGCUUCCCAUCCUCCUGUCUCUCCUGGCCGCCUCGUCGGCUGCCCAGCCGACCAAGCGUCAAGAUGGCAAGCCGGUCUUCAUGCCGCUGAAGUACCCCUACAACGGCUACCCCAAGGUCUACGCCGACAUCUACCUGGGCACGCCCGAGCAGACGCCCAUCGAGACCGUCGUCGACCUCGGCAGCUCCGACUACUGGGUCUACGGCCCCAACUCGACCAUCUACUACGGCAGCCCUUACCUCGGCGUCGAGGGCCACUGCCGCGAGACGCCCGAGCCGUCGUACAACCCCUUCGCCUCCAGCACCGCCCUCGGCUUCCUCAACAAAACCCGGGGCUACGCCUACGGCGGCAACGGCAAGAUGAUCGAAUCCCACUACUCGGUCAACGAAACCCUCUCCUUCAGCGCCGACGACAGCUACCCGCACCUGGUCAACACGCAGGUCGCCAUCACCAACAAGACCAUCAUCAAGGUCCGCGCGGAUGAGUGCGACGGCACGACGUACGACAGCUCGAUCCUGGGGCUCAGCGCGCCGCGCGCGGGGUCGGGCCCGUCGUUCCGGCAGAACCUGCUGGACGGGGGGUCCAUCGCGUCGAGCACGCUGGCCAUGUGGUUCGACGCGGCGCCGGCGGGGGUGCGCGACGACUACCGCGGCACGCUGCUGCUGGGCGCGCUGCCCAAGGGGAAAUACAGCGGCGAGCUCGUGCAGGUGCCGCGCCGCCAGCCCGAGGGCUCCAUCGGCUACUACGUCGACACGCCCGCGUGGAGCGCCGCCGGCCGCGUCGUCAAGCCGUUUCGCGGCUUCGACAACUCGACCGUCGACGAGUGCCUGAUCGACAGCGGGUCCGGGCAGGAUUACUUGCCGAUCGACGAGGACGACUUCCUCGAUGCGGUUGGCGGCGUCGUCAUGUUCAACGGGUACCCGGCGUGGAAUGGGUCGUGCGAGUCGAUUCCGGCGGAUAAGAGCGUGGCCAUUACGUUCAAGGCUGUCGCCGAGGGGCAGAGCGUGACGGUCGAUAUGCCGCUGAGGAACUGGGCGAGGGGGAAUACGGAUUUCUGGAACAACACCCAGGUGUGUGGGUUGAGUAUGUCGUUGAGCAACGUCGGUAGCUGCACCCUGGGCAGCCCCUUCUCGUCGGCCGUGUUUUUGGCCGUCAACGAUGAGUUGAACCAGAUUGCUCUGGCACAGGGAGGCGUGUCGACAGGCGCCGAGGAUGGGUAUGAGGGGCUUGGGGAGGUUGAGGUCAUUCCGAAGGGCCAGGGUCUGCCAUGA